AUGAGCAAGACUACGAAAAGGGCAUCCGGUAUCAGGAGAUUGAUGCUGUUUGCAGUAAUAGCUCUCAUCUCGUUGGCGCUGGCAGUUCGGUAUCUCUUUCACAACUCUAAUGCCACCGAUUUACAGAAAAUUCUACAGAACUUGCCCAAAGAGAUCUCUCAAAGCAUUAAUUACGCCAAUACCAUCCAGAGCACUGACUCUGAUUUAGUCCAACAUUUUGAAAAAUUAGCCCAGGAGAUCAGACAUCAGCAAGACGUUCAGGCCAAGCAGUUUGAUAAACAACGUAAGAUACUGGAAAAGAAGAUCCAGGAUUUGAAACAAACCCCACCGGAGGCCACAUUAAGAGAACGCAUAGCCUUUACAUUUCCUUACGAUUCUCAUGCUAAGUUCCCAGCAUUUAUUUGGCAAACCUGGUCCAAUGAUCAGAGCCCGGAAAGUGUUCAAGAUAUAAAGGGUAUGUGGGAAAGCAAGAACCCCGGUUUUGCGCACGAAGUGUUGAAUCACGAUGUGAUAAACGCGCUAGUACAUCACUACUUCUAUUCCAUACCGGAGAUUCUAGAGACCUAUGAGGCUCUGCCUUCUGUCAUCUUGAAGAUCGAUUUCUUCAAAUACUUGAUCUUGUUGGUCCAUGGAGGUGUCUAUGCAGACAUCGACACGUUUCCCGUGCAACCUAUUCCAAACUGGAUUCCCGAAGAGUUGUCACCUUCCGAUAUCGGGCUAAUAGUAGGCGUCGAGGAGGAUGCUCAAAGAGCUGAUUGGAGAACCAAGUAUAUUAGAAGGCUACAGUUUGGUACAUGGAUUAUACAAGCUAAACCGGGUCAUCCCAUAUUGCGAGAGAUCAUUGCUCAAAUCAUCGAGACCACUUUACAAAGGAAGAAGGACGACCAAUUGAGCGUUAAUCUGAGAAAUGAUUUGAAUAUUAUGAGUUGGACGGGUUCUGGGUUAUGGACUGACACCAUUUUCACAUAUUUCAAUGACUUCAUGAGAAGUGGGGUCAGGGAAAAGGUCACAUGGAGAUUAUUCCAUAACUUAAAACAGCCAAAACUGCUAAGCGAUGUUCUAGUUUUCCCCAAGUUCUCGUUUGACUGCCCAAACGAAAUCGGUAACGAUAAUGAUGAUCCGCACAAGAAUCUUUAUUUUAUUAGUCAUUUGGCUUCACAAUUCUGGAAAAAUGCUCCGAAAGUGGAACAAAGAUAG